CUUUGAAACAGUUUUUGUGGGAAAGAGAAUUCGUGAGUUUUACCACUAAACACGCUGAAGAGCAAAUGCAUUUGCACUGCGUUGGAGAGGAUCGCGGCAACUGAAACGCCGAGACUCGCCACCAUGGAAUCGCCGCCGUUCCCCAGGGAUUUCGAUCACCGAUCCGCUAAUCCUUACGUCAGUCACUCACCGUCUCCUUCCGCCAAUUCCUCUUCGUCCUUCAAUUUCAGAGAUACAAUGGAUAGUGUGAAGGAUAUGCUGGGAAGAUGGAGGAAAAGAGUGGGAGAAGCUACAAGGCGGGCUGAGGAUCUUGCAGGCAACACUUGGCAACACUUGAAAACAAGCCCAAGUUUAACUGAUGCUGCCCUAGGAAGAAUUGCACAAGGAACGAAGGUCCUAACUGAAGGUGGUUAUGAAAAAAUAUUCCGGCAAACAUUUGAGACAGAUCCUGAUGAACAACUGAUAGAUGCAUUCGCAAGCUACCUGUCCACAUCUGUUGGUCCUGUCAUGGGAGUUUUGUAUGUCUCCACAGCAAUGCUAGCAUUUUGCAGCGAUAACCCACUUUCCUAUCAAGCUGCUGAUAAAAAUGACUGGAGCUAUUAUAAGAUUGUGAUUCCACUGCAUCAACUCAAGGCCGUCAACACAACUGCAAGUAAAACAAAUUCUGCUGAAAAAUACAUCCAGGUUAUAUCUGUGGACGACCACGAAUUUUGGUUUAUGGGCUUUCUGGAUUAUGCCGGAGCAGUGAAAUGCUUGCACGAAACCCAGCAAUAUUGUGGUGUCCAUUCUGUGUAAACGAUUGAGCCUCAACCAGGUACCCACCCUACUGUGAAGUACAUAGUUUGCAAUGAUCCAUCUGUUUUUACUUGUGUAUUUUUCUCAAUGAUGGAUGCAUGCAUGCCAGCCUGCCUCUGUUGAUCAAUCAAUGGUGUGUGUGAUUCGUGUUCUUGUUCUUGUUCUUUAAUAUUACUUCUUCUUCUACAUGAACUGACAUCCAUUUUUUGCAAUAUAGAGGAGUGACUCAUUUGUUGGAUUGGUUUA